CUGAACACGACCGGCUACCGGGCGAACGGUGAGCGAGCAGUCAACGCCCACGAGGAGGGCCACGCAAACUACGGACGAGAGGCGUCGCCUCCCGCUUGCGCCUGCGUGGUUUCCUCCCCACGGGACAGAGACGGAGCUAUUCAUCUCGGCGGCUUGAUUCUGUUUCAUUCGUCGCCCCUUCAAAUGACUGCCUAUUUUGGUACACAAUUGAUGGCGCUCGGCGUCGUGAUGGAUAGCUCCAGUCUCACUGAUUUACGAUGUCCUCGCUCGUAUCAUGGCCGCUUCGUACCUGGAUGCUGA